GAAGAAUUUUAGACCUCACCUUGGAGAUCAUCUUCCUGCUGAGCGGAGAGGAUUACACCAUAGUGAAGAAGACAUCGGAGGAGACUCCUAUCCUCCAUGAGUUAGGAGGGUGGAGCAGGACCCCCAUCACAGAGCCUCCCCCCCUGAUGCAUGAGCAGAAGAUCCUAGAACUUACCCACAAGAUGAUGGAGCUGCUGACUGGAGAGGUUCCUGUAAGGUGUCAGGAUGUGGUGGUCUAUUUCUCCAUGGAGGAGUGGGAGUAUGUAGAAGGACACCAGGAUCUGUACAAGGAGACCAUGAUGGAGGCUCCCCGGCCUCUGACAUCACCAGAAAAUCCCUGUAAGAAUUCCAAGGAAAACUUCACAUUGUCAAUAAUUUAUAAAGAAGAAGAUGAAGAUAUCAGGAAGCGAUCUUCAGAAGAAAACCUCAUUGUCUACAAUGUCCAGCCAGGACAUCACAGUACAGAUCUAUCAUAUAAUCCUCCUGAUCCUGAGGAACCUUCUCCAGACCAAAUACAGAUUGUUACCACAAAUACCGGGCAGAAAGGCCAUAAAAUAUUUCAGUGUGAGGAAUGUGGAAAACUGUUUAGAAGAAGCUCAAAUCUAUAUACACACAGAAAAAUGCAUACAGGAGAGAAGCCAUAUUCAUGUAGAGAAUGUGGGAGACACUUUAUAUUUAAAUCACAUCUUGUGAGGCAUCAGAGAAUUCACACAGGAGAGAAGCUGUAUUUAUGUUCCGAAUGUGGAAAAAGUUUUAUUACUAAAGACAACCUCAGAAUUCAUCAGAGAAUUCACACAGGAGAGAAGCCAUAUUCAUGUAGAGAAUGUGGGAAAGGUUUUACGGAUAGAUCACACCUUAUUGUACAUGAGAGACUUCACACAGGAGAGAAGCCAUAUUCAUGUUCAGAAUGUGGGAAAGGUUUUACAGAUAAAUCACACCUUGUUAUACAUAAGAGAAGUCACACAGGAGAGAAGCCAUAUUCAUGUAGAGAAUGUGGGAAAUAUUUUGCAGAUAAAUCUAACCUUGUUGUACAUGAGAAAAGUCAUACAGGAGAAAAGCCUUAUUCAUGUAGGGAAUGUGAUAAAUGUUUUAUUACUAAAGACAAGCUCAAGGUUCAUCAGAGAAGUCACACAGGAGAGAAACCGUUUACUUGUUCGGAAUGUGGGAAGUGUUUUAGAGAUACCUCGAGUCUUGUGAAACAUCAACGACAUCACACAGGGGAGAAGCCGUAUUCAUGUUCAGACUGUGGGAAAUGUUUUAUAGAUAACUCAGGUCUCGUGAAACAUCUGCGACAUCACACAGGAGAGAAGCCGUAUUCAUGUUCAAAGUGUGGGAAGUGUUUUGCACAAAAAUCAAGUCUUAAUAGACAUGAGAGACUUCACACAGGAGAGAAGACAGUUUAGUCUUUUAUGUUGAAAAUGUUUUACAAGGAAAUCACAUUUUGAAACUCAUUUGAAAAUUCAUAAAGAGAAGAAUCCAUGUCCUUGUUUGAAAUGUUGUAAGCGAUGUAAGAGCAAAAAAAAACAAAAAACCUUGGCCUAGAUGCAUAGUGAUCUU